AUGUCCUACGUGUUUCCAUUUUGCAAGUUUGGCUCCCGCCUCAGUGACGGUUCGUCGAGCAGCUUCGACUUAGAUGCACUCUUUUACGACGAUUUGCAAAAUGACGUUCACGAACGGCUUGCACGUCCUGGUCCGCAUUCAGUGACGGAUUUCCUGAAUACUUGGGAGAGCAUAGUGCGCCAGUACACCUCCACCCAGGAUACGUUUGCACAACGAUUCUGCCGUUCGAAGAACUGUUACAGAACUACGACUACAUCAUCACCCUAG